GCCAUCUUGGUUUGUUGACAUACAGCACCAACGUCUACUGAAGAUUAAAAAUUGGAAUAAGCUUGUAUUUAAUAGCAACAAGUCACAUACUGUAAGCUAUUUCAUUUCAGGUGACCCCGAAUUUUCUUGAAGAGAAGAUGCCAUCGAAAGCCGAAGACAUAAUGAGUGGUUUUAGCUUAAAUUGGAUGAAUCUUAGAGAUGCUGAUAGUGGUAAAAUAUUGUGGCAAUCAUCAGAUGAUUUGGCUGUGCCUGAUGCUGAACAUGAAGCUCGUGUACCAAAAAAGAUCUUGAAGUGUAGAGCAGUUUCUAGAGAAUUAAAUUUUUCAUCAAAAGAAGCUAUGGAAAAGUUUAGACUGGAACAGAGAGUGCUAUUUAAAGGAAAAUGUUUAGAAGAUUGGUUCUUUGAGUUUGGUUUUGUAAUACCUGGUUCUACCAAUACCUGGCAGUCUGUGAUAGAAGCUGCUCCUGAAAGUCAAAUGAUGCCUGCUAGUAUACUUAAUGGAAAUGUUUUAAUAGAAACACGUUUUUUCGAUGGUGACCUAUUAGUGAGUACAUCUAAAGUUCGAAUAUUUUACGUCUAGUUUAAUUGAAUUAUAUUAUUACCAUGGAAACCAUUCUUCAUUACAAGAUAUCACCGUUUAAAAUGAGAAGACAUUAUAUAUGAUGUGAUUUAGAAGUGAUGUGAUGAACUAUACAUUGCACUGUUAUUUUUCGUGAAAACUUUUUUAUUGUGUAUUGUUUCAAUUUGUGUUUCUUGUGAUAGUCCCAAAUGGAAUUUUUAAAAAAAGAAUUUAUCCAUUUGUGCAUUAGUCAUAGUAUGUAAGGAAGGCCACAUAAAAAAACAAAUUGGAUAGAUCAAAAGCACAGCAUUAAGGGAUUUGUUAUAAAUAUUAUAAAUAAAAUGUGUCUGAAAACUUGUAUGGAUUGUAAGAUAUGACAACUAGUCUCAAGUUUGUAUAUAUUUUUGGAAUUUUCUGUCAGAAUGAUGUCACAUCACAUUUGACUGCUCCAUUGGCAUUUUGCUUUGUAAAAACUUAAACUAAAUUAUAACAAUAAUUGUUUUAAAAUCUUUAUUUCAAAUUUAUU